UCCAAUUCCGAAAUUACUAGUGAAUAUAAAAAUAUGCAAGUGGUAUAUUCAAAUCAUAGCAUAAAUACCAAUAAGGAGAAUGAUCAAUUACGUUGCAAUAAUGAGAAACUCUCCAAGUAUGUAUAUCAACUUAUAGUUGAGGUUAAGCAAUUACGCUCAAAGAUAGAUACUCUCAAAUCCCUUAUCACUGGUAAAGAUCUUUCACUUAGUAAAUUCAAGGACAAGAUUCGUACAAAAUCCAAAGAAAUGAAAGAUUUCUUAUCUAAGAUGGAGGCAUUGGAGACGAAAUUAUCUUCAGCUCAGGAGGACUUGUCUAUGAAAGAAUCUGAGAUUGGCCCCCUUAGGGCCGAAUUAUCUGCCUUGAAUUCUAUUCUAGUUUCGAAAAAUAGUGAAUUGGUGCAUAUGGAGAAUGCAUUGGCUUCGAAAGAUGACGAAUUGAAACAAAUGAAAGAUGAUCUGGCCUUGAAAACUUCAGAGAUACACUCCUUAGAAUCCAAGUUAUCGUUAGAACCAAUCAAAAUCGGCGGUGAGGCAGAUGAAAAAAAAAUACCGAAUUCUAUCUCACGGAGUGAUGAUGCUAUCGCAUCUGAUAUACCUAGUAAAGAUCUCAGUCAAUAUUUUAUACGUGGAAAAGGUACGGAUCAAGUUGGAAAAAUCGAUACAGAUAUACUGGAUCGCACUGAUGAUAAAAGUGCUUCUAUACCUGAGGAAUUAGUAAUUCAAGGCUAUGCCUCAUCUCCAAAAGUAGAUACUGAGAUUAUUCCCAAG